AUGAGCGACCGCCGGCUUCGCCAGUACUUCUCGUCUCCGACCCCCCCGCCGGGCUAUGUGCCCGGUGCCGGACGAGGUGCCAAGCCCUUCACCACCCGGUCCGAUAUCGGCCCGGCGCCUGACACCUCGAGUGGAGACCCGCUGGACUCGCAUGGCGGCGACGAGGGCUACGACUCGGAUGACGAGGCCCAGCGCCGGCAGGCGGCCGAGCAGCUGGACGCGCAGGACCGCGAGGCCGAGGAGAUUUAUGCGGCCAUUGACCGGAAGAUCAGCGAGCGGAAGCGCCAUCGCCGGGGCGCGGCCGCGAACACCGUGCCAGACGCCGCCGAGACCGAGGCUGUCAGCAUUAGUGCCCAAUUCGCCGACUUGAAGAAGGACCUCGGUCAAAUCACCGCGGCCCAGUGGGACAACCUGCCGGAGGCGGGCCGCAUCGUCGGCGGCCCCAAGCGGCCACGACGCGAGGACCGAUACACACCCAUGCCCGACUCGGUCAUCGAUCAGGUCCGCAACACUGGGGCCAUGGAUGCGGCCAUCCCCCCGGCGGAUGAUGGCUUGACCACACCCAUGUCCGACCUUCGAGCCUAUGGGCAGAUGCGUGGGGCGAUGCUUGGGUCCACGCUGGACCGCGUGUCGGACUCGGUCACCGGGCAGUCGGUGGUGGACGCCAAGAGCUAUGUCCCGGCGGCCGGCGGCACGGAGAGCUCGGCCCGUGAACAAGUCCUGAGCGGUAAUCGCGAAAUGUUCAAGGCCCUGGUCAAGUCCAACCCUGGCUACGCGGCCGGGUGGAUUUCCUACGCGCGCCUGGAAUUUGCCGACGGCAAGGUGGCCGAGGCGCGUCGGGUGAUUGCGCGUGGCUGCGAGGCGUGUGCCUCCGACCCGGACGUCUGGCUGGAGGCCGCGCGCAUGAACUCGCCCGAGAACGCCAAGAUCAUCCUGGCCAAUGCCCUGCGGCGGAUCCCCACCUCGGUGACCCUCUGGAUGGAGGCCUGCCAACUGGAGGGGAGCGUCGAGCAGCGCCGACGCGUCUUGCGCCGGGCGCUGGACCACAUCCCCCAAUCUCUGCGUCUGUGGCGCGAGGCGGUCGAGCUGGAGGAAAACCCGGAGGAUGCCAAGGCCCUGCUGGCGCAUGCGGUCGAGUGUGUGCCGGAUUCGGUGGAGCUUUGGCUGGCUUAUGCUAGGCUGGAGACCUUCGAUCGCGCGGCCAAGAUUCUCAACGCCGCCCGACGCGCAUGUCCCGGCAAGAUCGAGGUGUUUGUGGCCGGCUGCCAGCUUCAGGAGUCCAUCUACAACAGUUGCGAGGACCCCACCUCGAGCCAGGCGCAGACGGCCCUUCAGCCUGUGGCGCAGCACAGCGCAUCGGCCAACUUGCAGCUCAUUCGCCGUGAUUGGACCGAGCAGGCCGAGCUGUGCGAGGCCUCCGGCCAUCCUCUCAGUUGCCAGGCCAUUAUUCGUAAUACCAUCGGCCUGGGCGUCGAGUCCUCGGACCGCCUGAAGACCUGGAUCCAAGACGCCGAGGAUCUCAUUUCUCGCGGAUCAAUCGAGACCGCGCGCGCGGUUUACACCUUCGCUCUGACCCAGCUGCCGGAUCGAGCCGACCUUUGGACCAUUGCCGCGGACUUCGAAAAGAAGCAUGGCACCCUCGAGGCGUACGAGGCCCUGCUCGACCGAGCGGUCAAGCAGUGCCCACACGCGGAGAAGCUUUGGCUCAUGUCGGCCAAGCACCGGCUCAGCCGGGGGGACUUCGCCGGGGCGCGGUCGGUCCUGGCGGCCGCCUUCGAGGCCAAUGCCAAUGCCGAGUCCAUUUGGCUGUCGGCCGUCCAGGUGGAGGCCGAGGCCAAGGAGUUUGCGCGCGCGCGAGCCCUGCUCAACAGUGCUCGAAUCAAGGCGGCGACCGAGCGUAUCUGGGUCAAGUCCCUGGCCUUCGAGCGGCUGCACGGCGGCACGGCGGCCGAGACAUUCACCCGGCAGGAUGCCGCCUUGCGGGCAUGGGACUCGGUCCGUGCCCUGGCCGUUGAGGCCAUUCAACGCUUCCCCAAGAGCCCGAAGCUGUACAUGAUUGCCGGCAAGGCGGCGCAGACGGCCCAGAAGUAUGAGGCUGCGCGUGACUUCUUCAAGCAGGGGAUCAAGGCUUGCCCCACGAGCUCGCCCCUGUGGCGUCUGCUGGCCAAGCUGGAGUUGGAGUUCGCCGCGGUGCAGGCCGGCAGCCAGCCGACCGAGGCCACCCCCCGGGGGAUUGCCACCGCGCGGGCCAUCCUCCAGCGCGCGCGGACCACCGUCCCGAAGGACGAGCUUAUUUGGCUCGAGUCCGUUGAGCUGGAGGUCCUCUCCGGGCAGAUGGCCGACGCUCGCAAAUAG